CAAAUCUUCACUUGAUGUUUGUAUACAACGUGCUGCCCGCGCAUUUUGCAUUUUGCGUCUGUCCUCCAAACACGAUCGAUGGCGGAAGCAGACAUCAACCAAGCGGUGGCCAAGAUGAUGGAGUCCCUGGACAAGGGGACCUUCCGCCCUCUGCAGCGGAACGCCUACGUGUGCAGUGUCAAGUGCUUCGACAACAAGGACGUUAGCGCCGAACAACUGCAACACUGCAUUGAACGGUGCCAACAACCCAUGGCGCAAGUUCAGAACUACAUGAGCCAAGAAAUGCAAACCUUCCAAAACCGCUUGCAACGAUGCGCCAUGGAGUGCCAAGACCGCGCGAAAGAUUCCUUGUCUUCGCAGCCGUCCGAGUCCCAAAUCUCUGCUGCGCAAGCUGGCAUGGAGAAAUGUGUGUCCAAGUGUGUCGACGGACACAUCAAGUUGCUGCCGACGUUGAAGAAGCGCAUCGAAGAUACCGUUUCGUCAGCUGCCCAUUAAAGCGUACACAGGACUACUACUACUCUCUAUGAAUCUACACGACGACAGCAACAGCAGUAGCAGGCUCGCCAUGGUGCUGUCCUUGGAUAGAUGCCGCUUGGGCUUCCAUCUGCGCGUCGCGCUUCUUCCGUCGCUCGGCGCGCUGGACAUCGCGGCGUUUGAGAAAGUAGUCGUACGUGCCGUAGCCUUGCCACGACAAAUACACGUGGAAAGCGAGGAGGGUCGAGUACAUGACGAGACAUGGCACCGACACAACGGCGGACACGACAAACGCGCUCUACAUCCGCGCCGUUGGUUUCUGCAUAUUCGUUUCGUUGCGACGUACCUGCGCUAGGCCGCGGACGGCUCCGUCAGUAGGUUGAUGCGCCGUGUAGUUCCAUGACGAGCAGUAGACAGACACGACAGCUUGCAGCAUGAACAAGAUGUUGCCGCACACAGCGAUCGUGAAAAACUGCGCAUAAUUCCGUCGCCCGAUGCACGUGUUCAACCUAGGAAGGAUGGAAUACGAAUGAAAA